AAAGAAGCCAAAGGUGGAUUGGAGUGAAACCUAAAAGUUGUAUCCGGCGAAGAUCACCUGAUUCCAGCAAACAUGGAUGAAGGACACACCUGUGACCAGUGUGGGAAGACUUUGACUGACAUGAAGGGCCUUAAGAGACACCUACGCACCCACACUGGAGAUAGACCAUAUGACUGUGACCAGUGUGGGAAGACUUUCACCAGAAUGAAUGACCUUAAGACACAUCUACGCAUCCACACUGGAGAAAGACCAUAUGAGUGUGACCAGUGUGGGAAGACUUUCACCAGAAUGGGUAACCUUAAGACACACCUUCGCACCCAUAGCGGAGAAAAACCAUUUGAGUGUGACCAGUGUGGGAAGACUUUCACACACAUGCAUGUCCUUAAGACACACAGACACGUCCACAGCGGAGAAAAACCAUAUGAGUGUGACCAUUGUGGGAAGACUUUCACCCAAAUGAAUGGGCUUAAGACACACUUACGCACCCAUACUGGAGAAAGACCAUUUGACUGUUACCAAUGUGGAAAGACUUUCACCAGAAUGAAUAUUCUUCAGAGACACAUACGCAUCCACAGCGGAGAAAGACCAUAUGAGUGUGACCAGUGUGGGAAAACUUUCACCCAAAUAGUUAACCUUAACACACACCUACGUAUCCACACUGGAGAAAGACCAUAUGAUUGUAGCCAGUGUGGAAAGACUUUCACCAGAAUGAAUAGCCUUGAGAAGCACCAACGCAUCCACAGCGGAGAAAGACCAUAUGAAUGUGACCAGUGCGGGAAGACUUUCACUCAAAUAGAGAACUUUCAGACACACCUACGCAUCCACAGCGGAGAAAGACCAUAUAAUUGUGACCAGUGUGGGAAAACUUUCACUUACAUGAGAAGCCUUAAGACACAUCUAAGUGUCCACAGCGGAGCAAGACCAUAUGGUUGUUACCAGUGUGGGAAGACUUUCAUUCAAAUAGAUAAUCUUAAGAUGCACUUACGCAUUCACAGUGGAGAAAGACCAUAUUACUGUGACCAGUGUGGGAAGACUUUCACCAACAUGAGAAGCCUUAAGACGCAUCUACGCAUUCACAGUGGAGAAAAACCAUAUGGUUGUUACCAGUGUGGGAAGACGUUCACCCACAUUAGAAGCCUUAAGAUGCACCUACGCAUCCACAGCGGGGAAAGACCAUAUGACUGUGACCAGUGUGGGAAUACUUUCACCGAAAUGAGUGGGCUUAAGACACAUGUAUGCAUUCGUACAGAAGAAACACAUCAAAACAAUUUGAGUGUUACUGAUGGGAAAAAAGAUACCUGCCAUUCGCUGCUCUCUCAUGUCAUCAGUACAGAUGUGAAUCAUCAAUGUCUGGACCAUAAAGUACUUCAGAAUCAGAUGACAAGAACAAAUGCAGAGUCUGAAGCAGCACUACCGACUUCUUUUGACUAGAAAGUCAAACCUCCAGAUCUGGCUCCAUAGAGUCCAGAUGUGAAGACGAACACUAGACUAACAGCUGUGCUUUGUUCUCACUGUCUUAUGAAGGUGGUGCAUUUGAGCACACUUCUUUACUCUGACGUAACAGAACCUCAACCUGCCACAACAUGUGAAGUUAAACUAUUGUAGGUCAACAAGGACGUGGUUUCAAGUGGGAUACUACUUCUAUUGACUUUGUGGAUGUUUAACCAGUCACUUGUUGUGAUUCUGUUUCUGGUCAGGGUUCACACCUGUUCAUUGUUCACAAAUGAAACCAGCUACUCCAGUAAUAAUUUUUGCACAAUUUUUCUGUGCAGUUUAAGUUCAUCCUUAAAAUGUUUGACUUUUUUUUUGUUACCAUCAGCUGUGUAUGUGUGAAUUAACUGUUGCACAAGUGGAAGAACACUAUUGGUUGAAGGUGUCAGAGUCCUGAAUUCAUGUGGUUUUGCUCCAGUUAUAAACAACAUGAUGAACAUAAUAUGGAUGAGACAGAAUGACUGAUGAGCUGGUAGUGGUUUAGUCUCAAACUGAGGCCAACAACAUGAAGGAGAUCACAUUCCAGUUGAGAAGAACAUUCACGACCACCAAAGGAGACAUGACAGACUGUCAGAUGACGUUGUAACAAGUCAGUGCUCCAUCUAGUGGUCCAAUCUGGUACUGGUCCAGUCCAGUGUUUUCCUUAACAUCAAACUGGUUUCAAUAUUUUUACGCUGGUCUAACCCUGACCUGCAGACUGUGCUUGAUUUGAUUGAAAAUGUGUUGGACUGCUGAUUAAUGUGUGGUAAAGAUGAACCACUUGAUGUAUCAGAAAGUUCAGGACAUCAAUGGAACCAAUAAAAUUAAUGCAACUAUGGAUGGAAAAAAUAUUAUGAACCUUAUUGUGACACUACAUAAGAAUUAUGUGGCAAAAAAGAUGUGACAGUGAAUGCUCCUGUAAUCCAAACCAAAGGUGGUGAAGUCAAAUAAUGCAUAUGUGACUUUUUUUGAGCUGAGCAG